AUGGUGUGCGAUCCCGUGUCGGGCAGGGUGGUGGGGCUGUCGCUGCCGGAGAUGGGGCUGUCGGGGCAGCUGCCGGGGGAGAUGGCGCAGAUGAGCGACGUCACGAGCAUCGAGGUGCCGCGGAACUAUUUGCAAGGGGAUAUCCCCAACACCAUCAACAACCUCGGCAAACUCCAGGUGGCGGACCUGGCGGGCAACGCCAUAAGCGGGCAGAUCCCGGACCUGUCGCCCAUGCGCGCGCUGCGCGUGCUGCUGCUGGACGGCAACCAAUUGCAGGACGCCGUGCCCUACACCAUCACCGCGCUCUCCAACCUAGAGCAGCUGGGUCUGAGCAGCAACACCCUGGCCGGCGCACUGCCGUCCUCGCUGUCAGCGCUGACGCGGCUGACGUGGCUGCGCGUGGACAGCAACCAGCUCGUGGGGCCGCUGCCGCCCGGGCUGGCGGCCAUGGCGAGCGCGCCUGGCGCCGUGUUCAACCUCACUGCCAACGACCCAAGCCUGUGCGGCACGGAGCCAUGUCCCGGUGUGGCACUAACACCACCACCUGACGCGCCCCCCCCGACACUUGCCGCGCCCUCUGCCGCUCCCCCUUCCCUCCCCCCACCACUCGCUUCCCCCUCGACUCCCGCUCCACAAUCCCCCCCAAGCGCUCCCCCUCCCACAAACGCACCCCCCCCCGACUCCUCUCCGCCUUCCUCCCCUUCCCCCGCGCCAACCUCUCCCCCUUCCACGCCCCCGCCUAGCCCGCCCGUGACUCCCACCCCGCCCUCAUCCCCUUCGCCCUCUCUCUCUUCCCCCCCUCCUUCUGAACCCUCCUCAUCACCCUCAUCCCCCUCGUCCUCCUCACCCCCCUCCUCCUCCUCCACCCCUCCCACCUCCUCCACAUCUGCUGUUUCGGAAUCAUCAUCUAUCCCACCACCUAACACCACCACCACCACCACCACCACCACUGGCACCAGCAGCAGCACCACCAGCAGCGGCGGCGACAGCGGAGGGAGUGGUGGCAUAAGCGUGGGCGUGGUGGUGGGGAUCAUAGCAGCGGUGGCAGUGCUAGCCAUAGCUCUCCUCCUCUUCGCGUUCCUCUGCCUGCGCAAGCCCAAGCACCCCUCCGCCCCCUCUUCCGCCUCUGCUACAGCCACCGUUGCAGCAGUAGGAGGUGCAGGUGCUGGUGCUGGGGGGGCGAGGGGGAAUGAUGCGGAUGAGAAGGGGCAAGAGGGGAGGAUGGAGAGGGGGGAGUUGCCGAUAACGGGCUCUUUUAUCAAGUACCUCCCCCCUCAGCAUGCGGUUUCGUCUGCCCCCCCUCCGCCGCCUUCCCCUGCUGUUCAGCCGGGAGGGGGGGAUAGGGGCCGCCCUGCACCCGCUGCAGAGGGGGAAGGGGGGGAGCAGGGGAAGAAGGGGAAGCGGGACGGGGGGGGAAGUGGGAGGCGAGGAGGAGAGGGGGAGAAGGGGAAGGGAAGAAAGUCAGGGGGCGGGGUGGAGGGGACUAGCGCAGGUGAAGGUGCUGCUGGUGGUGCUGGUGGUGCUGCUGGUGCUGCUGGUGCUGCUGGUAUUGGCGCUGGUAGCAUAUUGGCUGAUGCUCCCGGUGGUGCUACUGGUGGUGCUGCUACUACUGCUGUUGCUGCUAUCGCUGCUGCUGGAAUGGCUGCUGGCGCUGCUGCUGCUGUUGUUGCUGGUGCCGGUGUGGAUGAAGCGGAAAGCGGAAUGGGAAUGGGCAUGGGCAUGGAGGAUGGGAGGGAUGAGGAGGAGGCUGCAGAUCAUGGUUUUGGCAGGGAGAAGGACAGUGAGACAGGGCUGCUGCUUCCGCCUCUCCCGCCCCCUGCCAUCCCCUUCACCGCCUCCUCCCCCUUGCUCGCCCCCAUCCCUCCUCCGCCCAUCCCCACAUCUUCUCCUGUAUCUGCCACCGCUACUGCUGCAGCUGCUGCUGCUUCAGCUGCUGCUGCUUCAGCUGCUGCUGCUUCAGCUGCUGCUGUAUCACCAAGGCAUGGCGUGCCGUCACGUGCUGAUCCUUCUGCUGCUCUCCCCUCUUCUCCCUCAGCUCUCUCUGCUCCCUCUGCGGCACUGCAAGGCACCUCGCCUCGCUCCAUCCCAUCCUCCUCCUCCCACACCCCGUCUCCCAAGCCCACGCCUCUUCCCUCAUCCGCCACCCCAUCUCCCCCCAUCGUCAUCCCCCCUGUCGUCCCGCUGCCUUCCCUUCGCUCCCUUGCCCACCACCGCUCCCCCCUCCUCGCCUCCCAGGCAGCAGCAGCAGCAGCAGCGGGGGGAGCAGGGGGGGUAGGGAUGCAACCACACACCCCGCCUUCUUACUUUCUUUCUGGAAGUCCCAAGUCCGGGUCCCCUCACACGCCCUCCUCGCUUCUCCCGCCUGCUGCACUCCCUGAUUCCGCCACUGCUGCUGCUGCUGCUGCCGGCGUUGCUGCCGUUGGCACAGCAGCAGCGGUUGGGUUGCGAGGGGCAUCGAUUGAAGAAGGUGCAGGGGAGGCAGGGACAGGAGAAACUGGGGCAGCAGCGGCAGCAGCGGCUGCAGGGGCAGCAGUUGCAGUGGCAUCUAGCCGUUUGCCAACGUAUGGCGGCGCGGGUCGGGCUUUAAGAGCCGCCGAUCUAGAAGGGGAUAGUGAGAGUGGAGCGGAGGGAGGAGGGAGAAAAGGGGGAGGAGUGGGAGGAGGGGUGUGGAGCAGUGGUGAGGAUGAGAGCAGCACGUGGAGUGAGAGCGACGGGAGUGUGAUCGAGGGGAGGAGAGGGAAGCUAGGCCGCUCUGUGUCAGAGGUCAGUGGGAGAACGUGGGCCGCUGGAGGAGCGAGAGGGGGAGGAGGAGACAGCAGGGAAACAGCAUCAGAAGCAGCAACAGGAGAAGGCGGAGGAGGAGGAGCAGGAGCAGGAGCGUCGGUUGGUGGGGUUGGGAAUGCGGAGGGAGACGAGGCGAGCAGUGAGGAGAGCGAGAGCGGUGGGAGCGGCAAGGGAGUGGCGGAGAAGGUGUUUUCGUUGGCAGAGCUGGCUCUCGCCACCAAUGACUUUGGGCGGCAGGGGCAGAGGAACCUGCUGGGCGCAGGGAGGCAUGGUGUGGUGUACAAGGCGCGCCUGCCAGACGGCACUACGGUGGCUGUGAAGCGACUCACCAACUGCAAUCCGGACCAGUCAGAGCGGGAGUUUCGGUUCGAAGCAGAGGCAGUGGCGCGGGCGCGGCACCCCAACAUAGUGGCGCUGCUGGGGUGCUGCGCCGAGGGCUUUGAACGCCUUCUCGUCUCCGAGUUCGUCCCCAACGGCACCCUGCACUCCUGGCUGCACGCCCCUGCUGCUGCUUCUGCUACUGCUGCUGGUCCUCCUGGUUCUGCAACUGCUGCUGCUGGUGCUGAUGCUGGUGCGGGGGAAUCUGCUGCGUGUGCGCCGCUGGAUUGGAAGCUGCGCGUUCACAUCGCCCUGGGAUGUGCCCGCGGCCUAUCAUACCUGCACGAGGGAGCAGACGUGCGGGUGGUGCACCGGGACGUGAAGGCAUUGAACGUGCUGCUGGACGCGCAGUGGAACCCCAAGCUCGCUGACUUCGCCCUCCCCGCCAUCUCCGGCCGCCUCCACUCCCACGCGCCCUCGCGCCUCCUCGGCACCGUCGGGUACGUGGCGCCAGAGUACAUCAACACGGGGCUGCUCACGGAGCGCAGUGACGUGUACAGCUUCGGAAUGCUGCUGCUGGAGCUCGUGGCAGGCCGCAAGCCCAUCGACACACACCUCCCACCGGAACAGGUGGACAUAGUGCGGUGGGUGAAGCGGCUGGCAGCAGAGAACCGACUGGCAGAGGCAGUGGAUGGGCGGAUAGCGGGGCAGGCGGGCGCGGACGAGGUGGAGUACGUGGUGGGCGUGGCGCUGCGCUGCGUGGACGGGAACGCCCUCAAGCGCCCGCGCAUGCGGCAGGUCGUGGCCAUGCUGGAGACAGAGGACCCCACACUGCGAGACGGAUGGGUGGCGCGGCGGCCAACCAUGCUCUCCUCGCGCUCCAUGCGCGACCACAGCCCCACAUGGCACGUGGGACCCCAUGUGCCGCACUCCUCCUCCCACUCCUCCUCCCCCUCCGCCGCCUUCUCCCGCGCCAGCCCGCACGCCCACAACACCUACAGCCCGCACUACCUGCAACACCUGCAGCAGCAGCACCACCACCAACAAUACCAAUACCACUCCUCCAACACCCCGACUUCGGCGCCGCACCCCUACCGCUCCGCCUCCUCCUCUGCCUCGCGCGGGCCCCUGUCAGCCAGCCCGCGGCAGUAUAUUGGUGUGGGCGUUGGCCUGAGCUCCACCAGCCCCUCUGCUCCUGAUGUUGCCGGUAUGAUUGCAUCAGCUGCGCUUAAAGCAGGCGGGAUGGUGCCAGUGGGGGGUGUUAGUGGCACAAGCAGCAGCAGCAGCCCGGGUGGAGUGGGGUAUGCUGUGGGGGGAGGCAUUGUGGGGGGCAGUCCAGGCAAGUACAGCAGCCCUGGGGGGAAAUAUAACAGCCCCGGGAAAUACGGAAGCCCUGGGAAAUACGGGAGUCCCGGUAGCGCAACUGGCAGUAUGUCCAGUGCUGCUGCUGCCGCUGCUGGUGCUGGUGCUGCGGGCACAUACUCUCCAGCCGCCCCUAUUCCUGUGCAUGCUGGGUUACGCACGAGCAGUGUGAGUCCCACAGCUGGAUCUCUUGGCAGUGGCAGCGCCACUGGCAGCAGCCCUUCUGCUAGGGCGCUAGCAGGGAUAGGAGGAGGCACAGGGGCUAGUCCUGGGAGUGGCACUGGCAGUGCGAGUAUGUACACUGGUAGGAGUCCCAGGAGGUUUGACGGGGGUGUGGGGCAAAGUGGUGGUGGGGAGGGUGGGUGGGGAGCAGGUGAGCCCUCUGCUGCCGUUCUAGUGCCCUUCCCCACUCCUUCCCCAUAUCCUGCACCUCGGCCCUCCGGUGCCAUUCUCGUGCCGCUCUUCCGUCCCCCCUCCAACUGGGAGCAAGCUAAUCUGCGCACGUCCAUUCCAGAGAGCAUCAGCGUCCUCUCGCGCCUCACUCUGCUCGACCUAGGCGACACACUGCUGUAUGGAUCCCUACCCAGCACCAUGAGCACUCUAUCGACCCUGCAGGACCUGAGCCUGGGGCGCAACUCUCUCUUUGGGAGCAUUCCUGCAUGGAUCGCCAACUUGACCGCACUCACUGCUCUGCGGCUGGACAGGAAUGGGUUCACAGGCAGCGUGCCAUCAGAGCUAGCCACACUCACCAACCUGCGCACUCUGAGGCUGGGAAUCAACGACAUCACAGGGCAACUACCUGAUGCCUUCAGCGCCCUCACCAACCUCAACACAUUAGGGUUGGCAGAUACGCAGCUGACAGGCCCAGUGCCUGGCUUCUCCCGCAUGCCAUCCCUCACCGAACUCCACCUGGCAGGGGACAUGGCUUGCCCCGGGAGCUUCAGCGGGUGCGCAGUGGAGUGCGGGCCGGACAUGUACCUAAAGUGCUUUCCCUUCUGCAACUUCUGCUUUGCUGGCAGUGCCCCCCCGCCCGUUCCUCCUGUCACGGGCUCUGGUGAAUUGGAUAGUAGCAGCAGUGGCAUCAGCAACAGCAACAGCAACAGCAACAGCAGUGGUGGGAGUGGUGGCAGCAGCAGCAGUGGGUUGUCAGCGGGUGCAAUUGUGGGGCUGGCUGCUGCGUGCGCGUGUUUGGUGGUGGCCCUGGUGCUGCUGGUGCUGCUGCUGGUGCAGAGGAGGAAGAAGAGAGGAUCGAAGCAGAAUUCGUCUCCUGCAAUCUCACCAGUAACAUCCGCAGCAGGCGCCGCCGCCGCAGCAGCAUCCGGAGCAGCAGCAGCAGCAGCAGCAGCAGCAGGGGGAGCAGGGGGACGCGCAUCACCAGACAGGCCGAUCCGAGAGCUCACCAUGGGAGAUGUGAAGGUGGCAACGGACAACUGGGCAAGAAGUGGCCGCAUGGUGACACGGGGCUCGUUUGAUGUGUACCGGGGGUUCGACCCCAGCAACCCUGCUGUGCCGUGGGCUGUGUGCCGCGCUCGCGUGCUCUCCUACACGUUCCGGCAGUCGGCCCAUAUAGUGGACUAUGGAUUCAUCAAGUCAACCCAGCAGGGCACGGUGGACAGGGACAGGGCGGUGGGCACACCAGGCUAUCUCGACCCUGCCUAUGCCAAGUCGCUCACUGCUGCACCCUCUGCUGACGUGUACAGUUUCGGGGUGGUGAUUCUGGAGGUGGUGUCAGGGCACAAGUGCUUCUUCCGGGAUGGGGACAGGCUUGUACCCCUCCCUCAGUGGGCAUCCCAAAAGGUGGACAGUAACACACUCAUGGAGGUGUGUGAAGCGUCUUUACACAUCCCCACGGACACAGCACAGGACCUUGUGCUGCUUGCCCUGCGCUGCACCGCCAUUGAUCCAGACCUGCGCCCCACCAUGGCUGAAGUGGCGCUGGAGUUGGAUGUGGUGGUGGAGCGGUGCCGAGCGGUGCAGAUGGGAGGGGAGAGGGACCAUGCUGUGGUUGAUGUGCAGGAAGAGCAGGAAGGUGAUGAUGGCGUGGACCCAAGAUAA